AUGAAGAGAAGUCCUGAAGGCAGGGCAGUACUGUCAGAGCACCCUCGCGUCAUCUCCGCUAAUGUGGGGCAUGCAUGGGAUCUACCACCUAAUACUUUUGGUGCUGCUUAUGCAAAAUUUAUGGGAUCGAGGAAGUUCUCCCCCGAUGAUCGACCACCAAUCCGCUUCAUGGAGACAGAAGAAGUAGCAUAUGUUGCUAUGCGUGCACGGGAGGUUCAUGACUUCUGGCACACCCUAUUCGGACUUCCUACCAACUUGAUAGGUGAAUCUGCACUAAAGGUUAUAGAAUUUGAACAAAUGCUACUUCCUAUGUGUGCCUUGUCUGUCAUAGGGGGUACUGCAAGGUUCACUGAGAAGCAAAGGAGAUUGUUCUAUAAGCAUUACUUCACAUGGGCCAUCCAGGCAGGUAUGCAAUGUUCUGACUUAAUGUGUAUUUAUUAUGAGCGUCACUUUGAUGAGGACUUGGAAGAUGUUCGGCGAAAAUGGGGAAUUAUUCCUGCUCCUCGUCCUACACCGAAUGCAGCCUGUAUCAGAUGA